ACUGAUUUAUACAUCAGUUUCGCAGUUUCUCGCGUCAACCAACUUACGUGAUCACAUUCCUCUGACAGAUCAUAGUGACAUGCUUCAAUAAUAAAGUAUGCUCAAAUUAAAAUUUAAUAAUUAUAUAUUUUAACAAAAUGGUUUCCCAACGAGGGUGUCUCAGUGCUGCUCUCUCGCGGCAAACGCUGACUUCGUAGUUAACACAAUGGCUUCCACUAAAGACACAGCAACGUUUUUCUCUACGGGUUCGGCCUCUCAGUUCGAACACGUUUUGAGUUUAUAUCCUCAGGUUUUGCGGUUAAAGGCAGAAAAGAAGAACAAGAAACCAGAAGAACUCAUAAAAUUGGACGAUUGGUACCAAAAUGAAUUACCCAAAAAGAUAAAGUCGAGAGGUAAAGACGCCCACCUUAUCCAUGAGGAGUUGGUGCAGCUGAUGAAAUGGAAGCAAACGCGAGGCAAGUUCUAUCCUCAACUCAACUACCUGGUGAAGGUCAACACCCCAAGGGCUGUAAUGGCUGAGACCAAGAAGGCGUUCCGCAAGCUGCCCAACCUGGAGCAAGCCAUCACGGCUCUUAGCAACCUCAAGGGGGUCGGCACCACCAUGGCCUCAGCUCUACUAGCAGCGGCCGCCCCAGAAACAGCACCUUUCAUGGCUGACGAGUGCCUCAUGGCCAUCCCAGACAUUGAAGGAAUUGAUUACACGACCAAGGAGUACCUCAACUUUGUCACUCACAUACAGAAUACGGCCGACAGACUUAAUAAAGAGACUGCCAACGGGUGGUGGUCGGCGCACCGUGUGGAGCUGGCGCUGUGGACCCACUACGUGGCCAGUGAGCUCAAGCCGGAGUUACUGGAAGGCAUGCCCAACGGCACCACGGCAGACCAUCAGAACGGCGACAGUCAGUCCCCUGUGACCAUCCCUGCAGACGAGACUACCACUGACGGACUGGAGUGCUCAGAUGAGAGUAGUUUAGAGCAAAACGGAGACACCACCAAGGCUGACGUGGCAGACGACACCACGACCACCUCGUAUCCCGAGACCUCCGACCAGGACAGUUGCAGUCUGCCAGAGCCAGAGCCGCCCGCCAAGAAACUACGCGUUGAGCUCCAGUGACCCGGCCAUCGCCACAUUUAAAUCUCAUUUUGUUUUUUACAUUUAGAAGUACUCGGUGAAUGGGGCUGAUUCCGUCACCGACGCCGCUUAGCCGAUUUCGAACAAAGGAAAUGUUGUUAGUCAUCCGGACUUCCCCCUCUCUUACUCUUUUGUAAAAAGCUAUUUUCAUUUAUUUGGCUGUUUUUAAGUUUUAUUUUUUGCUCGUUUUACAUUAUAUACGCAGAGCGAAAGAGAAAGUUUAAUCUGUUUUGGUUAUGCUAGCUCAUUAUAUAAUAAGUGUUAACAUCCCAUUUGAAUUAUCCUGGUGGCUAUUAAAUUGUGUUAAAGUUUAUGAUUAGUUGACAUGCGGCUCUGUCAAGUUAGGUUAGGUUUAUUUGUCACUAUACUUUGUACAUAGCAUUAAAUACGUAUCAAGUAACUUACAUUCUUUGAUGACUGAUUCUGUGAAUGAGUUUUUUGUUAUAAAUUAUGUACUUAUCUGUAAAUCAAUGAGACUUGUGUUUUCAAAGAGAUAGGGAUGUCUGGAUGUUCAACAACGUAAUUCAGGAUGUGCUCGGAUAGGUUAUGUUUAAAAGACAAUUCAAUGAUUUAGCCAACGGUUGCGGCGACGGAGAAGUCUCGGACGGGGCUGACCGAGGAUGGGCGUCCGGUGGUAGUCUAUGUCGUGUUUGACAGCUCAAUUGUCAAACAACGUGCCUUUUCAACGGCUACCUGAGCGCCAGAUGUUAACAGAUAUAGUCAUCGGUUUGGCCUCGUCCGCACCAAACUAGGCUAGUUUAAUUUUAGGGAGAGCGAAUGAACGUAUGAGUUCUUGUAUGAUUUUACUAAUUAAUUUUAAGCUUUUACACUGUAAAAUGUCAAGCGUUCGUCUUUUUUACAUUCCAUUUUUGCACCCGCAUACAUAAACAUAGCGUUUCCACUUUUGACUCAUUUCCAUCCUUUUCUCUGACAGAUAGAUUUUUAUAACGGUUUUGUAAAUAGACGGUGUUGUUAGUUCAUUUCUAUCUUGUUGAAUAUUUUUACUGUACAAUUUUUUUCCGGACGUGAAUGGUGCUCCCUUUUGGAAAAUUCUAAAUGUUCUUUUAUCGCAGUACAAAAUGAUCGGACCGUGUAAAUGAAAAGUGGGAAUCGAGGGUGCCUUGGAAAGGUUGGUGGAGUUGGCAAUCUGCCUUACGAGAUCAAAAAUGUGUCUGUGUAUAUUUAUUUUGUGAAUUGUCAGCAGUAGAACCUCCUGAUCAGGAAUAUUUGCAACACUUUAUUAUGAUAACAUGUUUAGGCCUAUACAAGAUAGCACUUCCAAUGGUUGUGGAAAUUGAAAGUUUUAGUAGUCCUUGACGACGGCCUCUGGCUGUCAUUAUUUAUACAUUUGUGUUCGUUUAAUUUUGUUUGUCUCAUAAUAUACUGAACGCAUUGUGUGAUCAUUGAAAUAAAGUUGUAUAUUUCAUUAGAAAAA